AUGGGUGCUGCUCAUAUGGAAGGCCGAUUUAUAGGCCCUAUGCCUAUCGAAGAUAUGCUGAAGUUGUUGCCAGUGGUAGACAUGAAGACCAAAUCCGUACCGAGUUUCGAGCAUGAUUUCUUCUCUGCGUUGGAUACACAGAACGAGGAGAAGGAGACGCGUGAUUCAUUCAUUCAACGUCUUGAAGAGAGUCAAGCUAUUUCAGGGUUCCAGCUGGUUAACUCGUCGACAUAUUCCUAUGCAGAUUCAAAGCCUUUGGUGCCUGCUGUGGUGGCGUAUAAACAGAGCGUAGCAGUCCCGAAAAACAGCAUCGACUACAUGGAGGUGGAGUUGAUUUUCGAGUUCACAACCCAGCAAGACAAAGCGGACCCUUUUGAUCAUAGAGCCACCAAGGAUAGCAUUGACUCGGAAAGCCAGUCGGAUUCAACCGAAUCACAACAUCCUUUCGAGGCUAGAGGCGACGCGAACAAGGUGUGCCCAAGGCAGAUAUACAACUAUGCAAAAAUGUGGCUUACAGCUCAACACCGCACGCAUUGCUACAUCGUGGAUAUUGGGGACCCCUACGCACGGAUUAUUCGGUUUGAUCGUGCGGGUGCGCUCGUCUCCGAACAGAUUAAUUAUCGGAUUGAUGGACAUUUACUUUUGGAAUUUCUCUGGCGACACUCUCAAACCACUGACGAAGCUCGUGGGCACGAUACAACGGUCAGAAUAGUGCCUCUGGACGAUGAGAAAGUUAAGCUGGCACAGAGUAAGCUGAACCAAUGGCGACCACAAAAUGAUAACGUCAAGGUUCUCGAAAUGGAUAUUCCAACAAAUGCUGGUGGGGUGGCACAUACAGUUUAUGUUUGGGGAGCCUUAUCAGAACCCUACUUGGUGACUGGAAGAGCGACUCGAGGAUACCCGGCAUGGGACCCCAAUCGUCCCGAGGGGGAGGACAUUCUCUUUUUGAAGGAUUCCUGGAGAUCGUGUGCGCAAGGCACGGAAAAGGAAACCGACAUACUUCAGAUUUUGAACAAACAUGGCGUUCGAAAUGUACCACAAUACCUCUACGGCGAUGACAUUGCUGGCCACAUGACAAUCACCCAGGAUUAUGCCGCAGCGGAAUGGAAUGCAGGUGGAGUUACGAAGGAUAUUAUAAAGAGAGUGCACAUUCGGUUUGUCGAAGACAUCGUUGGUCUUCCUCUUUGGGAAUUCGAGAACCCAAAGCAGUUGGUUGAGGCUGUCCAUGACGCUGUAAUCGCCCACCAGGAUGCAUACCAGCUCUGUGGGAUUCUACACCGAGAUGUGAGCAUAGGAAAUAUCCUACGGAGGAGAGAUGGUGCAGGCGGGGUUCUGAACGACUGGGACCUCGCGGCGCACUACAAUAUUGAAACACAUACUCCUCUCACGGACAAGAAGCAUCAAUCUCGGGCGGGAACUUGGCAGUUCAUGUCAAUAGGACUUCUCGAGGACCCGUCAAAGGUUCACCACCGCAUCGACGACGCCGAGUCUUUUAUUUGGGCCCUUCUUUACUGCACUAUGCGUUACAUGAAGACCAACAUUGUGCCUAUAAGGUUGCAAAAUACCAUGGAAGAUCUAUUUGACCAAGUUAACCGAGGCUUACCAGGCGAAUUAAACACUGGCGGGGCAGGCAAACUACGUUUCGUCACCAGCAAUCACUCUAGCUUCAUAGACUUCGUUGUUAACGAAAAUGAACCACUGACAAGCCUGAUAGCUAAACUCUUCAAAAGUAUUAUUUUCGAGUUUCGCAUUCGUCUUGCAGGGUCUCACAUCCACAUCGACGAACUUAUAGAAGAACACCGAUUUACUCGUGAACAGGCUCAAGAAACCUUUAUCCGCGAAACCAAUGAGCUCGGAGUGCAGCUUUAUCUACUUAUGGAAUCAACUUUGAAGGAUUCCCUCGGCAAGGAUUGGCCCAAGAAUGCUCCCGGUUGGCACGAUUUCGUCAGUCCACAGCCGAAGCAUGAAAAAGCUGUAAAGCAUCCCAGAUCGCCUGAAAGCAACAUCCAGCCAAACAAGGCUGUUAAGAUUGCCUUUAGUAAUGAUUUGGAUGGUUCUCCCUUACUUGCACCACGCAAGAAAGAAGUUGCAUAA